AUGCAGCAUCCGGCCAGACACCGUCAACUUCUGCAGCAUGAUGUAGUCUACUCAACGCUAUCACACGUCCCUGCAUGGACUCAUGUGGAUUUUCUGGCUUCCCAUUUGCGGAUAAAAAAUGCCUACGGCAUUGAUGAAAUGGAUGUCAGGAGUCCGCUACUUAUGCUUACUGUUUGCGAUACUGAAUCUCCGAUUACGGUAUUCGACGACAGUUCUUACUUGGUCGAUACCCAUAAAGCCGGUCUGGUGUCCAUGUAUGAAAACGAGCUCACUGUAGUAUUCCGGUCCUACCGUUCCGGUGUACUGUUCUUCUCUGUAGCAGAUCAGGGUGAUAUUCUCAUCGCUCAGAUUAUCCAUGGGACCGUUCACGUCAUGUUCGACUUCGGGUCAUUGUCACCGUCCCAUAUAAGCGCUGGCCGAGCACUGGACGAUGGACGAUGGCAUGAGCUCCGAUGGCUACAUCAGUUCGACUCUGUUCAGUUGGCCAUCGACGGGGUUGUGUUAAAUCAAACAACACCGACCGGGCUCUAUCGAAAGCUCGAUUUCCACAGUCAGAUUCACAUUGGUGGUCGUCCACCGGACGAGUUUUCCGAGGGCAUCGAAACGUCGUUUACCGGUUGUAUGGCGAGAAUGCAGCUGAACUCCGUGGACCUACUCACUUUCGCUCCCAGAGAUGGAGGACAUAAAUGUCAGGUAGGAAUAACUCCAUUUCAGAUGUCCAAGCCGCCAUCACUGACAUUACACGAGGCAGCAAAGGCAUUUAUUCCGUUCUCCUUCCUUCCAUUCUCUUUCGAAUUCCGGGUUCUUCCCGUAGCAUCGGUGUUGCUCGACAUGGUCGAUGCCGAAAACAACAGUCUUCUACAAACGACGAUCGACGACACCCGAACGCUCCAUUUGGUCAGCAAUGUGACCCGAUUCAAGCAGAUCGCUCAUCCUCAAAUAAACGUGGCUGACGGUGGAUGGCACAGCUUUUCGUUACGUAUUCGAGGGGCUCGACUGGAAGUGGAAAUCGAUGGCUAUACAGUAUUAUGGUUGGAAGGUCAAGAAGUUCGACGAAUCUCAGCUCGUCUCACCUCAUUGGUCCUCUCGUCAGUUGGUUGUUAUCGAUCGACAACAAUCGAUUUUGGCAAGGUUUAUGUCGAGGGUACGGUAAUUCGUGGCCGCUGUGAGAUGGUCGAUAGGGCAAAGCUUGCUUGA